AUGUUGUCUGACGCUUCUCACCUUCCAGAUGAACAAAAAAUUCAACUCAUCCUCCUCUCACCAAAUUUUAAUACACAAUUCAAAAUACCCACCAUCGAUUUAGAUGUGAGGUUAAAGUUGAGAGAGAUGGGAGAGCCAAUGACCUUGUUUGGAGAAGGUUCGUCCGAGAGAAGAGAACGUCUGAAGAGAAUGAUAGCCAUUCAAAAGCUUAGAGAAUCGGAAGAUGUAGAACAACCAUCAUCAGCAUCAUCAGCAUCGACGAGAUCAGUCUCGGAACAAUCAGUUAUUAUGGCUGAUUUUAGGAAGGAAUUAAUACAAAGUGGAAGACAAGAUUUAGUGGAGCAAAUGCAAGAUGAUGAAGAGGAAGCAACAGUAGAGGAAGAAGAAGAAGAAGAGGAUUUAUCAAAACAAUAUUUUACUUUCCAAAGUACAAAUCCACAUUUGGCAGAGGUUCGUGAACAAAUUGCAAUGCACUCUCUGCAAUCAUCACAUCAAAGAUUGGAGAGCAUUAGAGAAUAUGUAGAAAUUGUAAAGAAGGAUAAAUUGGGAGAACCAACUAUUAAACAAGGUCUUGCAGCACAUUUAGUGGAGAGAAAGAAUAGAUUUGUAAAGAAUUUACAACAAAAUUUAUCACUGGUUUCUUCGAUUACUGGUGAUUCUAGGCCGAUUUCACAAAUCAAAUUUCUGGGACACGAUUUUGGAAAAUGUAUUUCAUCAGGAUGGUCAGGUGACAUGAAAGUUUGGCAGGUUGCCAAUCCAUGUUUCAAGGAAGAAGACAAUAUGAUUGACGAGAGUGAGGAAGUAUCAACAAAACCAGAAGUUAUGAAUGAAGACGAAUCCUUCUCCUGUACUCAAUUGAGAAGUUUCUCAAAUGCUCAUGACGAGAGAAUUACAUGUCUACAAGUGAGAAAUGAGUAUGUGUUGAGUUCUUCUGCUGACAGAACUAUUAAGCUUUGGAAUUUGGAAGCUGAGGAUACUGACAAACCUGUACAAAUAUUUAAUGGAACAUCAGAAAACAAUGAGGAUAUCAAUUCGAGAGAAAUUGUCACUGCUGGAAAUGCACAUACAUCAGUAAUCAAUAGAUUGUCCAUUCAUCCAAGUGGCCAACAAUUCAUCAGUACAAGUUCUGACCAAACUUGGUGUAUGUGGGAUUUAUCGAGAAACGAAUUACUCUAUUCACAGGAAGGUCACUAUUCUCCAGUUUAUGGUGUAGACCAUCAUCCUGAUGGAGGAUUAUUGUGUACAACUGAUAUGAAUGGUAUUGUCAAAUUAUGGGAUUUAAGAACUGGCUUGUUGGUGGCCAACCUUGUUCACCAUGUCAAGGAGGUACUCAAUUGCUCAUUCAAUCCAUACAAUGGUAUUAAUUUGGUUACUGGUGGUGUGGAUGGUUUGAUUAACGUUUGGGAUUUAAGAAAUAUUAGUCAAACCAUUGCUGCCAAACAAACAGAUUCCAAUCCUGAACAAUUUAAACAAGAUCCAGUUUACUCUAUACCAGCAAGUGGUAAACUGAUGAAUACUAUCAUGUAUGAGCCAUCAUGCGGUAGAUCAAUAAUUUCCAGUGGUUUUGAUGGAGUUGUUAGAUUUUGGGAUCCAAUAUCUUUCAAACCAAUUUCUCAAUCCUCUGUGGGAGAUAGAAUUCUAUGCAUGGAUGUAGUUCAAUAUCCAAGAAGUUGCCUACCAUCCACUGAUGAAGAAAGUGUGUACGAAUUUGGAAGUUGGAGCGAGCACUUGAUGGUCGUAUGUGGUGGCUAUGAUAAAAAGUGGAGAAAACUAACAAGCUUCUCAAGGAGAGCCUUAGUAAACUCUUCCAAUAAAUAG